UCCGCCGCGUCUCUCUCUCCGUUCAGCCUGGCGCGUUAUCUGGCCUCUGAGGCGGCUCGCGGUGCUCUGCUUCAAGGAAGGAAGGAAGGAGGGUGAAAGGGUGAUCUGCAGAGGACAGGUUUCUCCAUCUUCCUGCGGAGCUGUCUGUCCAUCCCAGUGAUAGAGCUGCCAGCAUCUUGUGGAUUUAUCUCAGGUUGAAGGCGAGGGGAGUCCUGAGUGGAGAGGCAGGAGUGCGCUCCGUCCAGCCUGUCUGUGUGGAUGACCUGCGUUCUACUAGUGUAUUCCUCAGCAACAUGAACAAGAUGAAGAACUUUAAGAGGCGUUUCUCUCUUUCUGUUCCUCGCACUGAGACCAUUGAGGAGAACGAGUUCACUGAGCAGAUAAACCAGUUCAACAUACGGCACACUCAGGACCUGACUCCAGACCGGCUGGGUCCUCCCUCUCAUGAUGCCAGUCCUUCGAGCCCUGAACCAACAACACCGGGAGCUCAGUCUCCGUCACACCUCCACUUCCACAGCAAGGCCCAGCACAGACGUUUCUCCAUUGAGGCAAAUUCCAUGAUUAUCUCCCGCUGGAAACAAUCCCCACCUGAAUCUCAUCUCCACACCUGCCGCUUUGGCCAGGGCUAA